AUGUUGCCAAUUGGAUACUCUGAUUGGAGGCUUGUGGAUGCUAAAAAGAAGAUGGCACUUUGGGAUGACAUAAAGAAACGAUUUGAUAUAGAUGAUGCAGCCUUGGACUGGGUUAUGUCUAGUGCUGGAGCAAAAUGGAAGCAGUUUAAAGCAAAACUUAAGCGACAAAUUUUUGAUGAAACAUUGACUGAUGAGCAACUGAAAAACUUACAUGAUCAUAGAAUAGAUGAUGAUGAACUGGAUUCUCUUAUCAAAUAUUGGAGGUCUCCUGAGUCUCAACUGAAGGUCUGCAGUCAGCAACCAAUAAGAUCUUCUCAAGGUGUUGCUAGAUCUUCUCAAGGUGCUGCAGGAUCGUCUCAGAGACGCUAG